UCAACCCCUUCCAGCAGUGUGAAAUAUGUUGAUUCGGUAUAUUUCACUUUCAGCGCUAUGACGGGGGCAGGGCUUAAUACCGUCAACCUGUCAACUUUGAAUGCCUUCCAGCAGCUUCUUCUUUUUUUUCUCAUUGUUCUUGGUUCCCCAGUAAGACUGAAGCUCCUUUCCCGCUCCAUCCUGUCUUUUUCAAUGACUAUCAUGAACGGCUGUCGGAACUGUCACUUCUGUUUUAUCACACUAUUUAGACUCCCACUAAGUUGGACUGUAGAUAUGGGUAUCCAUCUGGGUUUUACUGGUGCGUCGGUGCGCGUUCGAGAAGCGAUUCAGCAACAGGGGUCUCCAAGAACUUAGUCGUUCCAGCUCAAGCAACGGCGUCCUCCAUUCUUCGUCUCAGGAAACAGCUUGUCAGAGCAGACUACAGAUGCAAAGUUCUGAAGGAUGUGAAUCGAGUCCCAGGACUCCAACCCACAGAGCGCGGCUGUUAUUAGAUGUAAUCCAAAAAGAAAAGGAAGAUGAAGGAAAAGUGGUCUCUUCUAAGCCUGUUCAUAGCGUUCUCAAGGGAGUUCGGCCGGCCGUCACUGCCUCCAGUGCUCGCCUAGGCGCUCUCACCCUAACAAGCACGGUUGGCCACAACUCCGCUUUCUAUCAUCUUACAAAAGCAGAACGUCGCCGGCUGGGGGGAGGUGAAGACCAAGCUAUCUCUCUGUUGGUG